AUGGACGACGACGAAAACGACGAGAUCGCAGCGGCCAUGGGCUUCGCCUCCUUCGGCGGAACAAAGAAACGCAAAUUCGACCACACCGCCUCGCCAAAAGCUGGUCCUGAUGCGAGCGGCGCCAACUCCACCAAACUGGGUGUCAGAUCGAAGAAAGUUACCAACGAAGACGAGAUCAACCUCGACGCCGCUGUUUCCGACGCUGUAUCCGACUUCACAAACCCCACGCCACAACCCCACAACAACGCGCCGGCUAAAGCAACGAAGAGCCAACCCGCCGACUCCGGUCUGGCUGCUUUUCUAGCUCGCGGCCAGAACCUACCCGAGAAACCGGCUGCCACCGAGAGCAGCACUCCAAACCUUGCGAUGUCUGGCGACCCGCCCGCGGCAGAGAUGGUAUCAUUCGGCGGUCCACCAAUCUCCAAGGCUGAGUUGAAUGCGCUGCGUCACGGCGUGAGAAUGGAGAAUGGAGAUACGGCAUACUUUCUACCGAGCUUCGUUGAGGAUCCCUGGGCGAAGCUGGGGAGGGGUGGGAGUGGAUGA